AAGCGCCGCUCGCGCUCGCAGAGCGAAGGCGUGACGAGCGACUGCGGCACGGCAGUCUCCACCACGGACUCGCAGCUGCCUCGCGGUUCAGGCUGCAGUGACAAAGCAGGGGGCAUGGCCCCCUCGCUGCCACUGGACCCCACCACGGAGGAGGACGAAGCCUCGAAACUCUCCAAGAGCUCCGCCUCGCACACUAUGAGCGAGCACGCCGCGGACCAGGCGCGCCGCAUUCGCGAGGCCGAGAAGAUCUUACUAGAAGUGGCCAAGGAGUACGCGGCCAAAAGAGCUGCCGGCCUGGUGCCGACCAAGCCGGUGCCGGCACGGACGCUGCUGUGGGAGGAGAUGGAGCGCCGCGCCCAGCGCGUCCGGGCCGGCAUCGGCCGGCGAGGCACCUGCCUGUUCGGCCGGGACUCGGACGACGGCCCGUGCGGCUGUACCAACUACAAGAAGAUGAAGCAGCUACCGGACGGACGGGAGAACACCGGCGGCGUCUGCGAGUGCUGCCGACACGGCGCUCCGUGGCACCGCCUCACCGGAGGCACCAUGGCCGCCGUCGGAAGCGGCUCCGUGAGCAUGACGCGGUCGUCGGCAAGGUCUUCGAUGCGCUCGCGAGGCACGCGGAGCCGCGCCAGCAGUCGCAACAGCCGCAGCGGCAGCGCGCCCCAGCAGACGCCGAUCGACAGCUCCUUGUACUCACUAGGCAGCGACUACUACGACGACUAUGACGACGAGUACGACAGUGACGAAGAUGACGAUGAGGACGAAGACGACGAGGACAUUGCCAAUGAGGUGGCAAGACCCUAUGGCAUGAUGGACGACCCCACGCCGCCGCUCGUACACAGCCACGCCCGAAGCGAGGGCGACGCGCUGGACCGCAGCUCGCUCUUCUCGAACGGAGACAGCUUCGGGCUGCCGCCGCGACUCUCGAGCACCAGCCGCCACCUGGACAAGCUGCUCGGCGCGAUCGCUAAGUAUCGCGCCAUGGGCCUGGACGAAGACGAGAUUGAGAUCAAGCUCCGCGAGGAGUUCCCACCGACCGAGCGGCUGUCGUAUGGAGGCGGCCACUCGCCCCGACCAACGCGCGCGAGUCGG